CAGGAAUCAGGUAAUGGAGAGUUAUAUGAGUCCAAGACUCUACAAGGCAGCGGCAACAGGAGAUGUUCAUUAUCUAUCCUCAAAUGAAAUCUCUGAGGAGUUAAACCUAUCCUCAGAUACAGAAUCCGAGGAGAGGAAAGAGAGGCUUAGACACCAUCUCCUCUGUUUGACACACGAGAAAAACAAUUGCCUGCACAUAGCAGCGAGGUUUGGAUACAAAGCGUUUGUGGAGAGAGUUCUUACUCUUUGCCCUUCCCUUGUAUAUCACCAAGACAAGAGAGGAGACAACCCACUUCAUGUUGCUGCCAGGGCUGGUCACCUUCGCAUCGUCGAACUCCUUACCGAUUCCUUUAAGAAGCUUCAGUCUCCUCAAAGUACUGAAAAUAAUAGAGCAGUAACCGGAGAGGGGAACAAUGAGAACAACACAGAACCUCCUCGCACUUCUCAGAGUCAAAGUAGCUCUAGAAAUAGUGCAACUACAGGAGAUGAUAUAACUUUAGGGAGGUCUCUCAGAGAAGCUGAGGAAGGGGAAAGGCCUUCAUGUCCAGACUGGGGGACUCAAAAUCAACAGAUGAUGAAUAGCAUGACGAGUCUCAUCGAUUCGAUUGAUCAAACUCAUCCUCCAAGUUCUCAAAUUGAAAGUAGUAGUAGUACAGGAAAAAUAGUAAAUGGGAUAACAUCAUCAGAAAAGCCUUCACUGCCAAUAUGGAGAACUGAAAACAAUUAUGGCAACACCGCUCUCCAUGAAGCGUUACUGAGCAAACACAAAAAGGUGGCAUUCCAUUUACUGGACCUGAACAGUGAACUGGUCAUCCUUGUUGUCAAUACGAAAGGUGAGAGUCCGUUGUACCUGGCUGCUGAAGCUGGCUUUGUCACCGUUGUAGAUAAGAUCCUUGGUGCAGGCGGGAGGAACAACGUUGUUGGACCGAUGGGUCAGACUGCCUUACAUGCCGCAAUUUCCACAGUAUGCAUAAAAUCUCUGCACAAUUCGAUUCCGGAACUCAUCAGAAAACGAGAUUCAUAUGGAAAAACAGCUCUUUAUUAUGCAGCGCAGUCAAAUUAUAUCAAGAUAAUGCGUCAGCUACUGAAGUUGGAUGCUUCUUCUGCAUACAUACAUGACAAUGAAGGGCUCUCACCUCUGUUAGCUGCUGCCAGCAUGGGUCGUUCUGCAACUGUUCGAGCUAUACUAGAUGCGUGCCCAGCUUCAGUUGAGUCUUCAGAUGACUCUGGCCACAAUGCGCUUCACCAAGCUGUGAAAUAUAACACUCUAAUUACGUUUAAACAAUUGUUGAAAAUGCCAGAAAUGAUGUCCCUUAUUAACGAACCUAACCACGAAGGGAACACGCCGCUGCAUCUAGCAACCAUGUACCGUAGAGAUGAGAUGGUAAGUGCGUUGUUCUCUACAAAACGUGUGGACUUGACAGCCAAGAACAAUCUCGGGCAAACAGCUUUAGAUUUGUGCGUUUUGGACACCAGACCUGUCCCUUUAAAUUUACAUGUACUUUGA